CCGUUCCCCACGCACCACCCCACCCAGACCCCUCCGUCCCUCCCUCUACGCUUUAGGGAAUGAAUGAAUGAUGCCCAUCCAUCCUCUCGAUCGAUCGCCGCGGUCAGGAAUGGGGAUGGGAUCGACAAAAGACUAAUUAACUAAAAUCAUCAAGAAAGAGGUGAAGGGGGAGGGGGCCUGAGCCUGGGGCCUGAGGCCUGGGGCCUGAGUCGAGAACUUUGUGAGAGAGAGAUCACGCCAUACGGAUAAUAAUAAUAAUGAUAAUAUAUGUAAAUAUGUCGUCGAUUGGGGGGUCAUGUGCCGCUCGCCCCCCGCCCUCGCCACGACGAUCAAUUGCGACGAUCAUUACGACUCCGUGUUUCAGCGUCUGGCAAUCUCACGUCAUUUCGCAUAUCUCCUCAUCAUUUCCACGAUUAACCGUCCGUGGAUUGGCGAGGGAGCCGAGUACAAGCAAGCCAUAGCUGUUGGGGCUCAUUCCUUCCUUCCCGACAAUCAGCAUCGGUCACGGUGUACACAGCACAAGCAAGAAGAGAGUCUAAAGUGGGUAAAUCUGAAUUCGAAGCCUUGUCAACUUCCCAACCUGAACUAUCUACCAAUAAUCCAGAUAUCCUUCCUUCAGAUACGAGUCUGGCUCUUCCCAGCCAACCAUCUUUUACCAGCAAUCCCCCUACACCCCUUCCAAGACCCUCGUGUGGUAGAGCAAGCAGCAGCAGCAAGAUGCACCAGACUUUCCCAACAACAAACUCCACCGACUCGACAAAGAAAAUGUGCCCAUAUGCUAAGUGUGAUUCCCCAUCGGGCGCGCAAACUGUGUUGUAAAUCGUACACCCAAUCCUCUCCUUUGUUGAAUAAUGCCUUUGUGCUAGUACACGACAGUAGAAGAAGAGGAAACAAGAGGGGUAUAGUAUGAUGAAUGUUCGGCUCUUGGAAAAAAGAGCCCAUGAAGAAUUGCGCCUUGGGGAUAUCGAUCCGUCCAUGAUGUUGCUGAUGAUGUUGUAAAAUGAUGAUAGAAACCUCCAAAAAAAUAAUAGCCCGUCACUCCAA